GUACUUUUUCUGGCGUUACCACCCGGGGCACUAGCAGCAAAUGGUGUCGACUUCUCAAACAAUUUGUUCUCCGACCUGGGCCCUGUACUAGCUCUCUUCGGGGAGCAAGUUGCUAAACAGUUCCUGUCCCAGUCCACGAGCUGGCUCGAAGACGUAAUAUUCGCCAUGGCGCCAUUGGGCAUCAUAACGGCGAUAACAAGCGCGGUACGGGUCGCCGGGCCAAAUUGGCUUAAGGCAGUUGUCGGAAGGGCAAGGGAAAGUGGGGCGGUCGCGGAGAUGGAGCUCAUGUCCUCUACUUCGCACGAGGUGUGCGAACUUUGGAAUGGGCAAGCUAUUGUUCGGGUUAUGGGUUCUCCGGACGUAGCUGAGAUCCUAUAUUUUGACGAUGAGGAGGGCGGAGAGGGCAAACGCGGAAUAUUCACAUUCGGCACGGCUAUCGAGAGGGGAAAGCUGAGAGAGGCCAAUGAAACAGGGGAAGACGGAUCAACCCAAACCGAGCAGAAACCACCCACGAGGGUAAUCAACGGGGGCAUGCUAGAUACAAUAAGGAAGUUUUUAUCAAGGACCUUUUCUCAGACCCCCUCAGCCAACAGGGGUUCAGCGAGGGCAGAUACCGAAAAUCCCGUGGAACCCAUGUCGAGUGAAAAUCCUCAAAAACGGAACACCCCCAAGUGCGCCCCCAACGUCUCACUAAACGUCUGCGAAAUCGAGAGAGGGACGGAAUUGCGGUUUUUUGCUAUUCUAAGCCUCGUGCUCCAGUUUGGCUCCUUAGCCUUCAUCGGGGUCACCCGUUACCACGGCGAGACUAAUUUGAAGGAGGGCGAAAAUUCGAAAUAUGCCUACCCCCUUAUGGCAUCCGGGACUCUAUUGCUGGUAAUGGGGAUGAUGGCAUGUUCGCAUGCAGUACAAACUUCCUCCGUAGAAACCAAAUAUGUGACUACUACACAAAAACACUUUUGGAUUUUAUGGGUACAAAGGAGUGCUACUGUUAACGAUCAAGUAUUCGAGUCAUAUGCACUAUUUGCGAAAAAGAAACGCAACGCGGUUAUCACUUCUCGCCGUAGUCCCAUACACUCGUCUUUCUCCCUCCAGAAUCUGACCAUUGUAGGGUCGUUCAUCUCCCUCGCUGGUUUUGUAACCCAGUUUGUCGGAAUUCGCGCUUUGCACUGGUCAGCUUCCAUUGCGCAAUUAGCUGUAAUACUAAUGAUGACUGCUGUGAGGACCUGGAUUCGCCGUAAUAUGUCGUUGCGGCCGCACGCUAAGAUCCUCUCAGCUGGCUACGAGUUUGAUUGUCUUGCAGUGGAACUUGCAAGGUCCAAGAAAAGUGGACAGAAUCCCGGGGCGCACGGGGCGCACAGGGAUGGAUACGGUGAUGACGAUCUUGGUUUGGAAGUGUUGACUCUGCAGGGCUAUCGCCGGUAUGAAGCUGAUACAACACAUAAUGAACCCAUGACAGACGCCUGGAGAUUGAUAAAAAUGCGAUCUGAACUCGGGCGCCCUAAGAAUUGGGAAGGGCCCUCUUAUCCUUUUGCACUAGAGCUCGCUAAAUGCCUUCGAUCCUUGCUUUUAUAUUUGGUGGCCUCACAGGAUAUCACUCUCAAUGAGAGCUUCAGAAGCCUCGCAGUUUUUCGGUGGUCGCUUCCAGUCGCGGUUGGGGCAGAGUGGAUAACUAUAACUGCCAGAAUAUCUGGGGUCGAUGGUGAGGACUCGCUCCCGUGGGGUGUUUCUACAUCCGAGCUUUACGCUAUAAUCUCCCUGUGGCACUAUAGAAUCAGGGGAUAUGAGGAGGCCUUGGAGGACAUUCCUGAUGAGGGUCAGCCAUUAUUGGGUUAUGGGAAUAGGGGUCCAACGGUUUUGCGAGCCCUCGGACCCAUGAACCCCCUCCUCAUUCGCGAUUGCAAGCGGUGGAUGGAUAGAGGAGGAAGAUUUGUGGUGGUGGAAACUUCCGACCUAAAGCAUGCAAAAGAGCGGCGCAAGGUGACGACUCUCGAGGGGAAAUAUCUCUCUAAGACGAUUGCACAAACGGACCCCGGUGCUGCUGCCAGGCACUUCAAGGCAUCUGUUGCCUCCCAUCGCAUUGUGGGGACUGAGCCUAUUGGCCCCCAAUCACUUGUUUACUUAUAUGAGAGUCCUCUUGGGCGAAUGUGUGCUCAGGAGAUAUUAUCUUCAUUCAUUUGGGCAAUCACCGGCGCUAUCCAGUCCGUCACCAGCAUAACCGAGCCCAAAAUUACAAACCCCCCCGGUGUUCAUGAAAGCGAGCCUGGCGAGCAGUCCAACCUCAAGCUCGAAAAUGCUUUCUUCCAAAAACUCGCUGAGAUCAUAACCGAGUCCGGAGUAACCAGCAAUAAUCAGGACGCUUAUGCACUUAUAAUCCCACAUUUUUCCGAUGCCGGCAAACUGCCCGGGGUGCGGCACAUCAUCACUGAAAGACAUCAAAAGAUCAAAAAUCUCCAGCAGGAAGAGAAGCGGGGAAACAUUGCCAAAAUCAAAGAAGCCUAUAUAAGGAUCUUCAAUAUUUGCAACAGCUCAGGGAAAACCCAUAGCACAACCAUUAUGGUAACCGCCCUGCUCAUGGAAGAGCUUUGCAACCUUAAUACCGCCGUGGCUCUCCAUACCUAUAGAGCGGAUCUUGAAAACGAAGGAGAGAAAGCCAGAAAAUGCCUGGACGACAUAAAGAACCGAUUGAUCGAGGACGGUGACAAGGACACGCUCGGGGCGUUGAUCUGUCUCUAUAUGAAGCAGGGUCGGGGUGUUGACGGAGGCGGAAUAGGCGUACUUCCCAGUGAUUGCGCAACCGAAAUUAGCAACAUCUGUGAAUCCGUGAAUUCGGAGAAGUUAGAAGAAAGGGCCGGGUGGAAUCCUACCCACAAAUUGGUAACGGCUGAUGGAGGGGAAACGAUCUCAGAGGGAGACGCCAACCUUAACGCCGCUGAUAUCCUCGGCUGGACACCCCUUCAUUACGCGGCAAACAGAGCGGGCGAUCAAUUUGACCUAGUAUCGGAUAUACUAGCUGCCGGAGGACAAGUCGACCCAAAAACUAAGUCGGACUACACACCUCUACAUUACGCCGCCGCCAAUGGUCAUACACAAGUCAUCAGUAAGUUGUGUGGGAAGGGGGCUGAAACGGAUGCUCAAAACAUAGACAUGAGAACACCGCUCCACUUAGCAGCAGAAAGAGGACACCUUGCGGCUACCAAGUUCCUGUUAUCGAAGGGUGCUGAUGUUGACACACGCGACAAGUACGGCUGGGCACCCUUGCACUAUGCUGUCGUCGGGGGCAAAAAAGAUGUCGCUGAUCAACUUCUCGCCAAGAGAGCCAGUAGAUAUGCCCGGGAAGUAAUGGGAAUGACGCCUCUGCACCUAGCAGCUUCCACAGGCCAGGUUGAUAUGGUGAAAAUGCUUCUCCACCAGGACCCUAAUGCCGCCCCACUCGAUAACAUUGACCGGACACCUCUGCAUCUCGCGGCAACGAGUGACAGUAGCAAAGUGGUAGAAAUUCUGACCACGGAUAUAGACCCAAACGUAACGGACCACAAAAAAAACACGCCUCUACAUUACGCAGCCUGGAGAGGCCAUUCGGAUGUUGUGGAUCUUCUCCUUGGCAAAGGGGCUAAUCCAAGCUCCGCCAGUUAUAACGGUUCCACACCACUACAUUUUUCCUGCCAGCGUAACCAUCUAGAAGUUACAAAAAAGCUC